AUGGGCUCGCAGCAAUCUUGCUGCGCUGGUCAGGAAGAGGUGCAGGUGGAAAAUGUAACCUCUCUGCAACAUCAAGUGUCUGAGGGGGGAUGUGGAGAGGGAAAGGCUGCCGAGGGUGGCAUUCGCUUUAGCGACGUGCCCCUCGACUUCCGUCAGACGACCAUAUCUUCUGCGUUGACCAUAGAGGCAGACUUGUUGAAGGGCAUAUCACUCUCAAAGACGUUGCGAAACUUUGGGAGCCUUUGGCGCACCUCUCCUGCAGAUCUGAAGGAGUCAGAUCGUGCUUCACUGUGGCAGAAGUCCAGUCGAGUAGAAAGACUGGACGUUUUCAUUUCACAUACGUGGUGGACUUCGGGCAGAGAGAAGUUGCUUGCUCUUCUCCUGCAGAGCGGUUGGCCCAUGGUACUGUUAGUCUACCUUAUGGCAGCUGCGGCAGCAGUGUUGCUUUCAGUGCUUGAGUUUAUGUCUGUUGAGUAUCAUGUCGCACGUGGGGUUUGGGUUACCGUCUUCACUGUUGUGGCCAUGCCCAUUGGCCUUGCCUUGUCUCCUUAUCUGCGUUUGAGGGCGGAUCCCUGUUGCUUCCUGGAUGUGGCCUGCAUUCAUCAAGCAGAUCUUGAGCUGCAGAGGAAGGGGGUCUACGGGCUCGCUGGAUUUUUGGCGGCUUCCCGAGAGAUGCACAUUUUAUGGAGUCCGCCAUACUUAGACAGACUUUGGUGUGUCUUCGAAAUUGCUGCCUUUCGAAAAGCAAACCCACAGGGGAAACUGCUAGUUCGGCCGCUCUUCGUGGAAAUUCAGGCCUUGUGGUGGCUGCUGGGUUACCACACAGCGGGGUGCAUUACAGCCGUCUGGCUGAAUUUAGGCUUGCCGUGGGGUGGAAUCUCCUACUUGGUAGCCAGUUCUCCUUUCAUAUUCAUCUGCCACCGGAACCGCAAGCACAUGCGGGAGAAGCACGAGCUGUUCCAGCACCUGCGGCAUUUCCGCUUAGAGGACGCGAAGUGUCGCAUGGCGUCAGACAGGGAGUUCGUCCUUGCCUCAAUCAAGCAGUGGUAUGGGAGUGAGGAGGCGUUCGUUGAGUAUGUCAGAGGGCCCCUACAGCAAGAGCUUCUCAAGUCUGGGGCAGACAUUCCCUUGUCCUAUUGCCUACUCAUGGUUCUAGCCUUCGUCAGCAUAUCGCUUGACACGAAGACGGGGGUCCUCAUGGCAAAAGUUCCUCUGUCAGCACAGCUACCGCAUUUGAUGGCCCAUGACAUCGGCUAUAUCUUUCUCUGGUUCAUGCUCGGGUUGAAGAUAACCUGGCGAUUCACAGAGCUCUUCGCUGUUGCAACGUCCCACCGCCUAUUGGACUAUGCGGUGUCUUUUCUUUUGUAUCUCACGUGCUUCCUGGGCUGGUCAUGGGUGGGUGGGGAGCUGAUGCUUGUGGCUUUGACAAGUCUUUGGUUAUCGACUGCUUGGAUUCUGGCAAUGCUUGCGGUCUUGACGGCGAUUCAUUUCCGCUGGUUCGUCAGAGCUCGGCAGCAGGUGCCUCAACAGCACCUGCCUCCGCAGCAAGUGCCUCCAGUGCCUCCGCAGCACCCUGAGGAUGAUGGAGCGUGA